AUGUCUACCUCCCUAUUCAAUAACAUAGAAUUGUUGCCUCCAGAUGCCCUUUUCGGUAUCAAACAAAGGUAUGGGCAAGACCAGCGCACUACCAAGGUCGAUUUGGGUAUCGGAGCUUACAGAGACGACAACGGUAAACCAUGGGUUCUACCAAGUGUUAAAGCUGCGGAAAAGUUAAUUCAUAGUGACAGCUCCUACAAUCAUGAGUAUCUCGGGAUUACCGGGUUGCCAACUUUGACAUCAAACGCUGCGAAAAUCAUUUUCGGUACUCAAUCCGACGCCUUACAGGAAGACAGAGUAAUCUCUGUACAAUCACUUUCAGGUACGGGGGCUCUUCAUAUCUCUGCCAAGUUUUUUUCAAAGUUCUUCCCAGAUAAAUUGGUAUAUUUGUCCAAGCCCACUUGGGCCAACCACAUGGCCAUUUUUGAGAACCAAGGCUUGAAAACGGCCACUUACCCUUACUGGGCCAACGAAACUAAGUCUCUUGACCUAGAUGGCUUCCUGAGUGCUAUUCAAAAGGCUCCAGAGGGCUCGGUUUUCGUUCUACACUCUUGUGCUCACAACCCCACUGGUUUAGACCCAACUAACAAGCAAUGGGUUCAGAUAGUUGAUGCUAUUGCCUCCAAAAAUCACAUCGCUCUGUUUGAUACUGCCUACCAAGGAUUUGCCACGGGUGAUUUGGACAAAGAUGCCUAUGCUGUGCGUUUGGGUGUGGAGAAGCUUGCUACAGUUUCCCCAGUGUUUGUGUGCCAGUCGUUUGCUAAGAACGCUGGUAUGUAUGGUGAACGUGUGGGCUGUUUCCAUCUAGCACUUACAAAGCAAGUGCAGAACAACACCAUUAAGGCUGCUGUCACCUCUCAACUGGCCAAAAUAAUUCGUAGCGAAGUGUCCAACCCACCAGCCUACGGUGCUAAGAUUGUCGCUAAAUUAUUGGAGACACCUGAAUUAACCCAGCAAUGGCACAAAGAUAUGGUUACCAUGUCUUCCAGAAUUACUAAGAUGAGACACGCAUUAAGAGACCAUUUAGUCAAGUUAGGCACUCCGGGCAAUUGGGAUCAUAUAGUAAACCAAUGUGGGAUGUUCUCCUUUACGGGACUAACUCCUCAAAUGGUUAAGAGACUUGAAGAAACCCACGCAGUUUACUUGGUUGCCUCCGGUAGAGCCUCCAUCGCCGGGUUGAAUGAAGGAAAUGUGGAAUAUGUGGCUAAGGCCAUUGAUGAAGUGGUGCGCUUCUAUGCUACUGAAGCUAAAUUGUAA